CAAUCGGCCGAACGCUGCGUCAGCACCCUGCUCGACCUCAUCCAGACCAAGGUCAACUACGUGGUGCAGGAGGCCAUCGUCGUCAUCAAGGACAUCUUCCGCAAGUACCCCAACAAGUACGAGAGCGUGAUUGCCACCCUCUGCGAGAACCUCGACUCCCUGGAUGAGCCCGAGGCCCGGGCUGCCAUGAUCUGGAUCGUGGGAGAGUACGCCGAGCGGAUCGACAACGCCGAUGAGCUGCUGGAGAGCUUCCUGGAGGGCUUCCACGAUGAGAGCACUCAGGUUCAGCUGCAGCUGCUGACGGCCAUCGUGAAGCUGUUCCUGAAGAAGCCCACCGAGACGCAGGAGCUGGUGCAGCAGGUGCUGAGCCUGGCCACGCAGGACUCCGACAAUCCCGACCUGCGGGACCGCGGCUACAUCUACUGGCGCCUGCUCUCCACCGACCCCGUGGCCGCCAAGGAGGUGGUGCUGGCGGAGAAACCCCUCAUCUCCGAGGAGACGGAUCUGAUCGAGCCGACACUCCUGGAUGAGCUGAUCUGCUACAUCGGGACGCUGGCCUCCGUCUAUCACAAACCUCCCAGCGCCUUCGUGGAGGGCAGCAGAGGGGUCGUGCACAAGAGCUUGCCCCCACGGACGGGCUCGAGCGAAAGUGCCGAAAGCCCCGACACAGCCCCGUCGGGGGGCCCCCCGGUGAGCGGGCCUCCCGUCGCCACCUCCUCCGUGCAGAUGGGCGCCGUAGACCUCCUCGGAGGUGGCUUGGACAGCCUGAUGGGGGACGAGUCGGAAGGGCUGCGAAGUGAUGUGGGAGGCAGCCCUGCUGGGGUGGGAACCCUGUCGGGAUCCUACGUGGCGCCCAAAACGGUCUGGCUCCCUGCCAUGAAAGCCAAGGGGCUGGAGAUCUCUGGCACCUUCAGCCGGCAGGUGGGCUCCAUCUCCAUGGACCUCGUGCUGACAAACAAAGCCCUGCAGGUCAUGUCCGACUUCGCCAUCCAGUUCAACCGCAACAG